CAUUAGAAAAUGAUGAAAAACUAUCAAGUAAAAAACAAGAAAUUUAUUUGAAAAAUCUAAAACAAAUUUUUAAAACAAAUGCAGAAUAUAUGUCCGAUAUAUUUAAUGUUAAGAAAAAAAUUAAUUAUGAUGAUAUACCAUCAGAGGAUAUGGAAUAUUUUGAUCGUUAUUUAGCUGAUAAAUACCGAGAUCAACCAAAUGUUAAAAUAUUUAAAACAAUUAGUACUGGAAGCACUAAUCGUAAUUUAUUACCACAAAAUUUUAAUAUUAAUAAUCUUAAUAUAAAUCGUGGCAGUAAUAACAAUAAUAAUAAUAAUGAUAAUACAGAAUUGAUUCCAUGUGGUAUACGUAAUUCACAAUUACAAGAUCGCAUUCUAAAUGGUACAGAUGCUAAUGAAUUUGAAUAUCCUUGGAUUGUAGCAAUAUUUUUACAUAAUAGAAAUAAAUUUGUAUGUUCCGGAUCAUUGAUACAUCAAAAAGUUAUAAUAACAAUUGCACAAAAAUUAGAAAAAUAUGUUAAUGCAAAUCUUAUUGGAUUAAAAGAUAGUUAUAAAAAUGAAUUAUAUGUACGUGCUGGUGAUUAUGAUAUAUUUAAACAAGUUGAAUCUAAAGAUCAUCAAGAAAGAGAUAUAUCAAAUAUAAUUAUACAUCCACAAUAUAGACCUGCAUCAAAAUAUAAUAAUAUUGCAAUAAUUGUUGUAAAUAAAAAUUUUAUAUUUGAUAUUAAUAUUAAACCAAUAUGUUUACCACCAGAGAAUAUGAUUUUUGAUGGACAAUAUUGUUAUACAGCCGGUUGGGGUAAAAAUGGUACAUCAGAACAAAAAGGUGUAUAUCAAAAUAUAUUACAAGUUAUUAAAAUACCAGUUAUUGAAAAAAAUCAAUGUGAAAGAAGAGUUAAUCAAUAUUUAAAAGAAAAAAAUGAUAGUGUUUUAGUACCAAUUAAUCCAACAAUAUUAUGUGCUGGUGGUGAAUUAAAUAAAGAUGCAUGUAAAGGUGAUGGUGGUUCACCAUUAUUUUGUCCAAUACAAAAUUCAUUAAAUCAAUAUUAUCAAAUUGGUAUUGUUGAUUCCGGUAUUGAUUGUGGUAAACCGGUACCAGCAUUUUAUACAAAUAUACCAGCUGUUAAAAAUUGGAUUGAUUAUACAAUGACUGUUACAUUACGUUUAUAUACAGAUAUAUAUACAUAUUUUGGUGAUAAUACAGAUGAAAAUGAUGCACCAGUUUAUCAAGAAGAAUAUCCUACAACACCAAGAUCAAGAACAUAAAAUUAAACUGAUUAUAAUACUUAUAUUGUAUUAUAUAACAGUUAUGUAUAAGUAGUAUAACAAAUUUUAAAAAUUUUCAAUAUUAAUAUAUAAAUUUCUACAUGUGUACAAAUUAUUAAAUUUCAAAUUUUUAUUAACAAGUCCAAAUUAAUGAAAUUAUAAAUUUUCAUAUAAAAGUUACUCGAUUACAUAAUGUGGGUUUUUUUACUGUUUUACUGUCGGUUAAUAGCAGAUAGCUAUAUGUAUAAAAAAAAUAUUUAUAUCUACAUAUUCGCAUACAUGUACAUAGAAUAUAUAUUACGUAUAGUAUGUAAAUGUACACGGUUUAAAAAAACUUUUAUACUGUAUGAAAAUGUCAUUAUAUUUUGUUUAAUCUUUUGUAAAUUGUUAUUAAAUUACAA